UGAGAGAGCGUACUAGCAGCAUUUUUGUUACGUUUUUAUCGAUUUAUACGACAGCAACAAGGUUUAGCAUAAACAUUACCAACAAAACAUAAGUGUCAGUACAGGAAAUUACUUAUAUUUUAACAUGACAGAAUUGGAAAAAGCAAAAGUUGGUGUCGAAGACGUAAAAGUUGCCGUAGAUGAUGAAUAUACUUUUCUAUCGCCCGCUUGCCCUGUGCGGAGAAUAACUGUUUAUGCCGACCGGGCAGAGGUGUGCAGGGUCAUUAACACCAAGCCAAAGAAAGGUAUCAAUGAAAUAUUAUUGAAGAAUCUACCAGAAUGUAUAGAUGGAGAUUCGAUCAGGGUUGAAGGAAAGGGAGAGGCUACUAUAGAGGAGGUAUCCUAUCAACUUAAAUAUAUCCCUCAAGAUGAAGCACAACUUAAUGCGAAAGAACAAGAACUCAAAGAUCUUGAAAAGGCUUUGUUGAUAGAAAAAGAAGAUCUGCAGUCCUUAUUGUCGGUUGUAAAGAAACAAUGGGAAGUUUUAAAUGGAUUUGCUAGAUCUGCAACUGCUGGCAUGCCGACUGCUAAGAAAGAUGAGAAAGAAACUCUUUUAAAUGAUUCUUACUUUGAAGGCAUUGCAAAAUUUUUAUCCUUGUUUAAAACUGAAGGAAAAAGUUUAGAGGAUUCAAGAUUAACAUUGGAGAGAAAGUUGGUAGAUUUACAGAGCAAGAUUGAUGCUAAUGCCAAAAAUCAAGGUCAGGUGAUGAACAGUAGAACUGGUGACGAAUCAAGAGAAUGUACAAUAGUAUUAGAUGCUUCAUCAGAAACACCAGUAGAGUUGGUUGUGUCUUAUGUUGUAAAUGAUGCCUCUUGGAUUCCUAGCUAUGAUAUCAGAAUGUUUACAGCUGAGGGUGUCAUGAAGAUAAUGUAUUAUGGCCAAAUUCAACAAUCAACAGGAGAAGACUGGAAUGAUGCCAAAUUGUUUUUAUCAACGGCUUCUCCAAGUAUUGGUGGUGCUGUCCCAGAAUUAGAGUCUGUUUUCCUCACUAUUAAAGAGAGAGUUCGAUAUCAGUCUAAAAGAUUUUCACGAAAAGGAGGACGAAAAAGUUUGCCUAAUUAUGUAGAUCAAGAAGUCAAUAUAGUAACAGAUUUUUUUGGUUUUUGUGGUGACACAUCUCUGUCAAACAGUCCCCCACGCCCUGAUAUAACGACAUCUCAGACCAAGGUUGCAGAUACAACAACAAGUACAUCUUAUGAAAUUGCUCGCCUGGCAACAAUUCCCUCAGAUAAUGUCCAGCAUAAGGUUUCUGUGGGAAUUAUUGAUUUAACACCUCGUAUGGAAUACAUCAGUAUUCCUAAAAAGGUUCCCAGAGCCUUCUUGACUGCCAAACUGACUAACACCUCUCAGUUUACAUUGUUGCCAGGGCCAACCAGUAUUUUCUUGGACAACAGUUUCGUUGCUAAGGCUGAACUGAAAUCUGUUUCCCCACAAGAAGAAUUUGAAUGUUCAUUAGGUGUCGACCCAUCCGUGAGGGUUAUUUAUAAACCAAUGAAAAAAUUCCAAGAAACAACUGGUUUUAUCUCUAAACAACGCUCUGUGAUGCAUGAACAAAGCAUAGAAAUUAAAAAUACUCAUGACUAUAAGAUAAAAAUUUUGGUGAAAGAUAAUUUACCCCAGAGUGGAGUGGAUAAAGUCAAGGUGAACCUUGUAGAACCAGUGAUAGAUUUGAAACAUCCAGAAAAAAAUAAAGAUAUCCGAAUAAAUACCAAACAAAAUCACAUUGAAUGGGAUCUUGAAGUUGGAAAACAGGAGACCAGAACUAUCACUUUGAAAUAUACAGUUGAACUGCCUGCAUCAGAGGAAAUCAACACACAAGAAAGACUGUAUGAAAGUUAAACUCGUAUUUGUUUUAUGUGAAGUUUGAAAGAGGAGUUAGAGACCACUUUUGUUACUUUAAAACUUCUUCUUUAAUAGAUUUGUUAAUACCCAUAGUUUCUGUUAUCAAAUCAAAUAUGACAGGUUGUAAUCGGUUCAUGAAAAGGGUCAUUUGCACUUCAGAUUUUUUUUGUGGUAAGAUUUUAUAUUAACCUAUGUCGAUAUAAUUCAUAUCCAAGAAUAUUUCUAUGAGAUUCUCUAUAUAAUCAACAAAAUCAUGUAUAUCUAUUGAAACAUUAUUUAGAAAUACAAAAAAAUAUAUUCUGGUUCUCAGAAAACACUUCCUAAAAAUAAUGCAGAGGUUUAUGCUUUUUUAUUUGAUGUUCGCAUAUAAAGAUCACAUUUCAAGCCACUACAUUUAUCUCAUCAUGUUGUUUUAGGAAUGUAUUAUUAGUGAUUGUCAAUAACAUUUAUCAGAAUUGUGUAUUUGAUAAUUUUGUAUGUCAGUUAAUGACACAUUUUAUAAUUUUUGUUUUUUGGAAAUAGAAACUGGUCAUGCAGCUCUUUAUAAGUGAUGUAGGAGUAUCUGAGAAACAGAAUAUUUUUUAUAUGGCCUUUCUGGAUUGCUGUUGUUUUUUAGAGAGAGAGUAUUAUAAAAUCUGCUCACUAAAUGUUGUUUUCUUAAUUUAUAUGUAGCACUAUUUUGUUUGUUAUUAUACAGGGUGGGCUAAAAACCCAUUCUGAGAAGUGGUGCAUGAAUUGAGCAUGUCAUUAAUUAUUGAACCCUGUUCAGAAAUACUGACAAAAUAGAGACUUUUAGUAUCCAAUAAAAAAUUAAUGCUUCUGUGACAUUUUUCUGAAAAAAAUUAUUAGAGUAUUCACAUUUAAAGAAGUAGUGUACUGUCAGAAUGGGUAACAUUUUUUUUUUGGCCGACCCUGUAUAUGUAUAUAAAUAUUUCUACGGGGUCCAAAUUUUAUAUGUUCUCUGGGUAGGUUAUGCUUUCAUAUGGUAUAAUAUUGGACAGCAGAAAUCGUUUGAAACUACUGUUCCCCGGACCGUCUGUAAAUGCCCGAAUUAUGUGAAUAGCUUUCUGUAUUUUAAGGGUGCCACAGUUAUUCAUGUGUCUUGGGUGGUUUGGAGAGGUGUCAGGAGAACUAUUUAUGGCGGUUUUCAAGUGGUAAAAUUUUAAUAAAUUUUUGCAUUGUAGCAUUAAUUUCAACUUUUAAUUUGCUGACUUCAUUAAUAACGAUUGACUAAGAUCAAUUACAUUAGAAUUAAAACUUCUUUAAUUAUUUGUUAGUGGAUUUGUUAUCAAAAUAUGUGUAGACAAAUUUUUUCAAUUUUGUAGUUAGAAAUUUUUAUUAGGUUUCUUUUAUCACUGACAGACUGAAUAAAAAUUGCAUGAAUUGGAAAAUAGUCCUAUUCAAAAUUAUAAAUAUAGAUUACUAUUUAUGUCCAUAAUCAAUUAUUACUGAGAAAAUUUAUUUUCUCUUUUAUUUCUCAGAUUUUUUAAGAACUAUCAAAACCAUGUAAUGAUUUUCUACAAUUUUAUAUUUUGUUUUUUAAAAAGUAAUAAUUUAGUAUUCAAUCAAUGUUGGCUCUCUGGGAAGAAAUAUCUUUAUUUAGAUGUAUAUAAUAAUGUACUGUAUUUAUUCAUUUAAUCACUGUAUUCGACCACAGCUGGGGACUAUUAAAAUGGGUUCGUCCGUAGGUCUGUCUGUCCGUCCAUCCGUCUGUUUGUUUUUCACUCUUUUUGGGACACAAUAACUCUUUCUAAUUGAGCUAGAAUGUUCAUACUUGGUGUAGGUGUUUAUUAGGUGAAUGCCUCCAUGGAGUUCAAAGAUGAGCAUUUUCUGCAAAGGCUAAGCAGAGAUAAGCAAUUUGAUUGGUUGAUGCUUUGGGACACAAUAACUUUAGUUCUAAUUAAGUGAGAGUGAGGACACUUUGUGUACAGUUUCAUUAUAUCCAUACAUUGACUAAGUUCUAUAGUGAGCAUUUUCUGCUCAGGGUAAACAGAGUAAUAAGCAAAUUGAUUAGUCUAGACUUUGGAGCUCAAUAACUUUGAUUUGGGUGAGAGUGGUGAAACUUUGUGUAUAGUUUCAUUACAUCAAUACCUUGACUAAGGUUGAUGAUGAGCAAUUUCUGCUUAGUUUUAUUAGAUACUUCAAUCUGAUCGGUCAAGACUUUGGAACACAAUAACUCUCCUUCUAAUUGAGGUAGACUAACCUUGACUAAGGUUGAUGAUGAGCAAUUUCUGCUUAGGUUUAUUAGAUACUUAAUCUGAUCGGUCGAGACUUUGGAAAACAAUUACUCUCCUUUUAAUUGAGGUAGAAUGUUCAAACUUGAUGUUUAUUAGGUGAAUGCCUUGACAGUGUUCAAUCAUGCACAUUUUCAAGUAAGGCUAAGCAUAGAUAAGCAAUUUGAUUGGUUGAGACUUUGGAAUAGCUUUGGUUCUAAUUGGGUUAGAGUGAUGAAACUCAAGAGUGUAGAUUCAGUAUAUCAAUACCUUGACUAAGUUCCAUGAUGGGAAUUUGAUUGGUCAAAACUUUGGAACCUAACAGCUGUUUUUAAUUGCAGUAGAAUGUUAAAACUUGGUGUAGAUGUUCUUUGGGUGAAUGUCUUGACUGAGUUCAAUGAUUAACAUUUUCUGCUAAAGCUAAGCGAUGCUUUUGGACAAGAUACCUUCGAUUCUAACUGAUGGAGAGUGAUGAAACUUAGUUUAUAGUUUCGCUACCAGGUACUUCAAAACCUUGACCGAGUUCGAUUGUGAACAUUUUCUGCUUAGAUAAUCAGUUUGAUUGCUCAACACUUUUCAAGAAGAUAAAUGUGCAAGUAAUUAGCAUUUGUCAUCUAUUUAUUUUGGGAUAUCGGCAGGGGACAUCAGCCUCAUUGUUGGCUUGUUAUCAUUAUGUUUUGCUCAAUGCUGAAAUAUGCUGCUGAUAUGUCAUAAUAAUUAUUUUUUUGAGUAAUAUAUUUGUGUAUGGUAUUUUAAAGGGACAAUGUGCCAGAGUAAAUGCCAAAUAUAAAGUUUAUAUUCCUGCCCCCAAAAAUGUACUCUUUUAAAAAAAAAAAACAACAUUGUUCCAAACUUAUUCAAGUGGAUUAGAAGACAGAAUUAAUAAUUUUUGGCAAACCACGAAUGUAGUUUCUGAUUGUUUACCCUACAACACUGUAAAUUUUCCUCUUGCUUGGCAAUUGUUUUUGAUUUUUUGGUCCAGAAUUGAAAAUAUUCAAGAUUUUGAAGCAGGGGUUUAAACAGUGGUUACUAUAUAUAGUGAUAUGUACCAAGGAUAGUUGAUAGUAUAACCUUUUAAGAGUAAUUGGAGAAGCUGACAUUUUUGGGGGCCUAGAUUUUUUUAUAUUUCAGUGGAGAGUACAUUGUAUCUUAUUUUCUUAAUAGUAUUUCAUGAUUUUGAAAGUCAGCAUAAUAGAAUAUGUAAUGUGCACUU